AUGCAGGAUGCCCUCGGCGGACAGUCUCUUGCCAAUAUCUACAGCGUGUACGAGAAACUCAAGGGCAAGACAGGCGGCGCUGCUGGUGCGGCAGCUGAAACAUCUGCCUCCAAGGCAGGCGAAGAGACGAAGUCGCCCAAGUCGAACGCCACUCCGGAGUCGGACAGACUGAAGUCAGAAGGCAACGCAGCCAUGGGCCGCAAGGACUAUGCCGCCGCUAUCAAGCUAUACACGCAGGCACUCGAAAUCGCUCCUUCGAAUCCUAUCUACCUCUCCAACCGCGCCGCUGCGUACUCCGCUUCGGGUCAACAUGCCAAGGCUGCCGCAGAUGCAGAGCAGGCCGUGUCCGUGGAUCCGAAAUAUGCGAGGGCGUGGAGCCGACUGGGUCUUGCCAGGUAUGAACUGGGAGAUGCCAAGGGAGCUGUCGAGGCGUAUGAAAGGGGUAUCGAGGCCGAAGGCAAUGGCGGUAGCGACGCCAUGAAGAGAGGUCUUGAGACGGCCCGGAGAAAGGUGGAAGAGAUGAAGCGUGCAGAGUCCGGAUCGCCUGUGGAAGAGGUUGGUAACGCUUCUGGAUCGUCUCGAGGCGGUGCGGGUGGCAUGCCCGACCUGUCUUCUCUGGCCAGUAUGUUGGGUGGCGGACGCGGCGGCGGCGGCGGUGGUAUGCCAGAUCUGAGCUCGCUCAUGAACAACCCCAUGUUUGCGAGCAUGGCCCAAAACCUGAUGAAGAACCCGGAGAUGCUCAACAACCUCAUGAGCAACCCUCGCUUGCGGGAAAUGGCAGAGAACUUUAGCAAGGGGGGUGGUUUGCCAGACAUGUCGACCCUCAUGAGUGACCCCUCGAUUGCUGAGAUGGCUCGCAACAUGAUGGGCGGUGGCGCCGGCCGAGGACGGUGA